AUGUCUUCAUCCAACAACCCCGUGUUGGCUGCCUCGACGUCUGAGGCAGGGAAAGUAAUCUCCCACUUCAAGUUCGGAAUGGAGAUCGGGAGAGGCUCAUUUGCAAACGUUUACAAAGGAACUGACCUACAGUCGAGAAAAACAGUUGCUAUUAAGUCAGUAUUUCGGAGUAGGUUGAAAAACCAAAAACUAAUCUCCAAUCUAGAAAUUGAAAUCAAAAUUUUAAGAAACUUGAAAAACCCUCAUAUUGUAUCUCUGUUGGAUUGUGUCAAAACUGAUAACCAUAUCCAUUUGAUUAUGGAUUACUGUUCGCUAGGAGAUUUAUCUUACUUCAUUAGAAAAAAAGAUCAACUUGCUGAUUGUCAUCCCAUAAUCAAAGCAGUAUUAGAAAAAUAUCCGUCUCCUCCAAACUUGAACGGAUUAAACCAAGUUUUAGUCAUCAACUUCAUUAAACAGUUGGCUUCGGCUCUUCAAUUUCUUAGAUCACAAAACCUUAUUCACCGAGAUAUUAAACCUCAAAAUUUGCUUCUUUGCACACCGGCUCAUUCAAAGGAACAGUUUAUUGAAGGUGGUUACUCUGGAUUUUGGGAAUUACCUAUUUUGAAAGUCGCAGAUUUUGGAUUUGCUAGGUACUUGCCCUCAACUUCAAUGGCCGAAACGUUGUGUGGCUCACCCCUUUAUAUGGCACCUGAAAUUUUGAGAUAUGAAAAAUACAAUGCAAAGGCAGAUUUAUGGUCUGUUGGUGCAGUGAUUUAUGAAAUGGCAGUUGGGAAACCUCCUUUUAGGGCAUCCAAUCAUAUAGAGCUCUUAAAGAGAAUUGAAAAGGCCAAUGAUCAAAUCAAAUUUCCAAAGGAACUAGAAUUCCAGCAAGACUUGAUACAUCUGAUAUCCAAUUUGUUGAAGGCAAAUCCAAUUGAUAGAAUGGGAUUUGAUGAAUUUUUUAAUGAUCCAAUCAUCGUAUCGACCAAAAAUUUGGUGGAGUCAAUGAAUGAAUCUUUAUCUUACUCUUUUGAAAACGAAGAAAUGUACGUAAGUGAGUUUUUAAAUGCGCAGAAUAUCAAGCAACUUGGAGAAAUCAGUGCCGAUAAAAAAACUAAAAAUAAUACUACAAAAAUGCUUAAACACAUCAACGAAAAAACAAAAAACAGCACUGACAAAGUUGUCACCGCAAUUUCAAACGUUAAAGAACUUGGUAAAACUAAAACCCUAUAUGCUCAAUCUAAUACUGAUUCUACAACUGUAAAUUCAACACCUUUGAAUAAGCUAGUGAUAGCUGAAGAGGAUGAGAACCAAAGUGAAAGUGUUGAACAAGGUGAAGGUGAUGGCAUUGGUAAUAACAAUACCACAUACUGUGAUGAUCAAAAUCAAAUUCAAACUUCCGAAACGUCGAAUGCUAUCAGUAUUAAUUCCGGUGUUAAUAUGAAAAGUAACAUAAGGAGUAACAUGUCUUUCUUCAAGUCACCUGCUUCAAACGAUGUUACCAAGGAGACCGUUCGAACAAGUUCUGAUAUUUCUAACGCAAACGCAAACUCAAAUUCAAACUCUAACCUUAAAUCGGUUGAAGCUUUGCUUCAAAACUCCAAAGCAACUCUUGAGUCGGCAGCUUUACAGACCCCAGAUCUUCACUCUUUAAACGCCCACAUGCAGAACACUAGUGGAUGCACUUCUUCAAACGCAACAAAAAUAUUGAAGAAAGAUUUGAUUGUUGAGAAAGAUUACGUUGUUGUCGAAAAGAGAAAUGUUGAAAUCAACACAUUUGCCGAUGAGGUUAAGAAGGCCUCGUUUACUAUAGAAGGAAGAAAGUUAAACUCUGGUAGUAGAAGAUAUUCACUAUCUGUUAGUCCAAGUACAGCAUUAAAAGAUGUCAUUGAUUACACAUCUGGUAAACUUUUUGGCUUAAAUAACGCCAAUACUAAUUUGAGUAAUGUCAAAACAGCCAAGCCUAUAACAGGAUUUCCAAAAAGAAUGGGAGGUGAACAUAUAAAACAUGAAAAUGACACAAAAAGGCUAAUCAACAUUACCAAUAAACAGGUUACAGGAACUUCAAACACUAAAAUCACAGAUGAAGAUGAAGAAAUGAUUUCGAAAAUAGAAAGACUAGCUAUGAUGGCACAUUCAAUUUCUAUAUUUGGCUUGGUUAAGUUCAAUCAAGUUAUACCACUCCCCCCUUCAACUAUUGAUGAUACAAAUAAUAUAAUUGAUCCAUACAACUACAAGAACGAAACCUAUAAGAUUGAUAAUGAGAAAGACAAUUUGGAUAGCGAAUCAUGUCGCCAAUAUAACCUGGUGUAUAAAAGGCUAUGUCAAGAGGGUUUGGUGCUUUACCUAAAAGUCUUGUCGAUGUUAAGCGAGGCCAUAAAAAUAUCAAGUGAAUGGUGGUCUAGGAAUAAAUUGAAGAGCAAUAUAACACCUAAAAUUGGGGAAUUAAUUCAGUGGAUUCGAAACAAAUUUAAUGAAUCAUUAGAGAAGGCGGAAUACCUAAAAUUACGUAUUAAUAGGUUUGAAGAAGAAAAUGCCAAUAGUAGUUCAAAAGAAGAAGAGUUUGUUUGUGAAAAGAUCAUAUUCGAUAGAUCUAUAGAAAUAAGCAAAAAUACUGCUAUAAGGGAGUUGAAGUCUAGCAAUAGGAAGGAUGGAGAUAUCAGCGAGCUCAAAGCUUGUGAAGUUGCCUAUUCUUUGGCUGUUUGGAUGUUAGAAUCUCUCAUCUAUAAAUCAAAUGAAGACGAAGGUCUAACUGGUAAUGAUGCCAAGAUAGUUGAAAAUUUCAUCAAUAGUAUUGGAACUAGGCUACUUAUCUUGAGAGGAAAGAUAGACCGUUCUUUAUAA